UUCCGCUUCCGUUCCGAUGUCCACUCGGACACAAAUGCGACGUAGCACAACCGGGAUGUCGCCAUGAAGAUGACAGAUGAAAACAACCCAGAAACAUCCAUGGAUGAUGUUAAAAACCUGAUUAAAAAGAAAGAUGACAUCGAAGAGCAGAUUAAAGCUUACUACGACGUCCUAGACGACCAAGGCGUCGGGCUCGAUGAUCCUUUGGUGGACGCGGAAGGCUACCCGAGAUCCGACAUCAAUUUGUACCAAAUACGAACCGCCAGACACAAUAUUUCAUGCCUCCAGAACGACCACAAGGCCAUCAUGGUGGAGAUCGAGGACGCCCUGCACAGGCUGCACGCGCAGGAGAAAGCCAAGCGGCAGCGCGACCAGACGGAAGCGGCCGAGGAGCCGGCGGACCGGCGGCGGGACGCCCUGCCGCACGCCUUUGCGCGGGUGGAUGCCGUCACCCAGGGAUCGCCCGCCUCCGCUGCCGGCCUCAAAGUGGGAGAUGAAGUCGUUGAGUUUGGUUCCGUGAACACCGGCAACUUCCGGAACCUCCACAACAUCGCCUCUGUGGUGCAGCACAGUGAAGGGAAGCCGCUACGAGUGACGGUGGUCCGCGGGGCUCAGAAAGCCUCCCUGAGUUUGACUCCGCAGCGCUGGUCUGGGCAGGGUCUGAUGGGGUGUAAGAUUGUCCCCAUGCCUCCUCCGUGAGCCUCAUUGAUAAAAUUGUGAAUUAAAUGCCUUUUCAAAUUCA